AUGUCCCUCGUGGCUGAUUAUGACCCAGUGCUUAUGCUGAAACGAUUGAUUGAGGAAGCCGGCACGAAAGCGCUUCUUGUUCUCCCAUACGUUGCGCUUGUGCAAGAAAAGGUAGGCUGGCUGCGCAAGGUCGUUCAGCACGUCAAGAUUCUCGACAGAUCGCUGCUGCCCCAAGGUGCACAAAAUGGUCCCUGGCGUCGGCGAGCAGACUAUGGUCGCAUUCGAGUCAUUGGCUUUUAUGGAGGUGGAAAAGUACGAGCAACUUGGGACGAUUUUGACAUUGGUGUUUGCACAUUGGAAAAGGCAAACGCCCUAAUCAACACCGCUAUUGACGAUGGCUCAAUAUCAAAUCUUCGAUCUGUAGUCUUGGACGAACUGCACAUGAUCGAUGACGAUCACCGAGGGUACAUCUUCGAAUUAAUUGCUGCCAAGCUGCUUUGUCUUGGGCAGCAAGUCCAACUCAUUGGUAUGAGUGCAACACUUCCGAAUUUAAAUUUACUCGCUGCAUGGCUGAACGGUCAUACUUAUGAAACAAGGUAUAGGCCGGUUCCCAUAGAAGAACAUCUGGUGUACGACGGCAAGGUCUUUCUGGCCGGUCCCAAUGAUGGACUGGGGCAUACCCCAUCGCAAUUGGGUAGCCAGGAUGUGACAGAAGGAAAAACAACGCCUAUCCGGCGAAUAGAGAAGUCGGCGCACAAGGAAUAA